UCUCCUCCUUCCAUUCCGGCGCCGCCCCCUCCCUCCGGCCCCCGUCCGACCUCUCCGCCACCGCCCACCCUCUCCCCUCACUGCUCGCGCACCGACUGCCGACGCCUUCUCCUGUACCGGACGCCUCGCCCUGCAGCCGCGCCGGUUGAAGGUCUUCUUCAAGCUCCCUGCAACCGCGCCGAUAAGGAGGAUGGCGUUACCCCGACCUAUCCUGCCUCUGCCCGGUUGAAGGCCUUCUUCAAGCUCGCCGUCCGGCCACCCUCUGCUUCGUUUAAGCACAAUCGAAGAAUGGCUUGGGGUCAGCUUGCUGGAAGACCCGCAAUAGGGUUCCUGUCUCGUGCUCAACAGCUGGCUGCUCAAAGGUUUACUUCUGCGACAUUCCAAACUAAUCCGUUGAGCGAUCAUCUUCCAGAAGAUGGCAUGUUUCGUAGGAGCUUUAGCUCAGCGGUGCCUGCUUCAGAGCAAAUGAACCUCAUUAAGCAACUCCGAGAAAGAACGUGUGCUCCGAUCAAAGAUGUCAAGGCUUCGCUAGUUAGUUGUGACUGGGAUAUUGAGGCCGCACAGGUGGAUCUAAGGAAGAGAGGGGUGAUUCUUGCUGCCAAAAAGUCAUCACGGACUGCUGCCGAAGGUUUGCUUGCUAUGGCAGGAGAUGAUAAAAGGGCUGUUGUGGUUGAGCUAAACUGUGAGACCGACUUUGUAGCAAGAAAUGAUGUUUUCCAGUAUCUGGCUUCAUCCUUGGCAAAGAUGGCUCUGUCAGCUCAGGAUCCCGGGAAAUCAGUUUUUCCUUUUGCUCCUGCAUAUUUGGAGAGCAUGAGUAUUAACCUAGAUCAUCCUAAACUCAGUGGUGAAACAACUGUUCGGAAUGCUGUUACGGAAGUUGCUGCCAUGGUUGGGGAGAACGUAAAACUUAGAAGAGGUUUCAUGUUGUCCACGACUGCACAUGGUGUUGUUUCAUCUUAUCUGCAUACCUGUCCUCAGCCAGAUCUGGGUCGCGUUGCUGGAUUGGUCACUUUAGAAGCAGAAGAUAGCAGUGCUCCCCUUGACGCUCUCAAGAGAGUUGGGUCAUCUAUCGCAAUGCAUAUUGUUGCAGCAAGGCCAUUAUUCUUAUCAAAGGAACUGGUUUCUGCUGCAGCUGUGGAAAAUGAACGUGAUGUGCUCCGAACUCAGGCUGAAAGAUCAGGUAAACCCCAAAUGGCCAUAGAGAAAAUGGUGGAAGGCCGAUUGAGGAAGUAUUUCGAAGAAGCUGUGCUUUUGGAGCAAAAGUACGUCGUUAAUGACAGCACAAACAUUAAGACGCUGCUGAGUGAUUUGUCCAAGGAGGUUGGCUGUAAAGUAACGAUUGGCAACUUUGCCAGAAUGGAAGUCGGGGAAGGAAUCGAGAGACCUGAAGAAUGAAGAAUCACGUGGGUCAGAAGCUACGGCUCAUGUUGCAAGCUUAGAUGAAUCAAAUGCGAUGAUUGGGAUAUGUGCGACGGUUCCUUUUCUACAGAGAAUUUAUAUGGGUUCUCAUCUUUGCUCCAAUGGGAUGUGCUCUCUACGUCCAUCAAUUCGAUAGAAGUUUGCAAACUGAGUUUACGACACGACAGCAAAUUGUAUCAAACUGAAUAAUGUGCAAUCCGUGCAAAAGUUUGCACGAUGCCGCCAAAUGCAAUGGGAUAUGUAUUGUUUACAAUUUUGCGUUUGGUUUGGAUAUGCAUAUUUGAGAGUCGAUACCAUUAGAUUAGCUGCGGCGUUGUAGUAUGUUUUCAUUGUUCUUGUUUGGUUAGUGGUUGUAAAGGACUUUGGUGCAGCCUGCACGACUAGGUCAGGAAGCCCUUGACUGAUUUCUCCA